AUGGAGUUUGUUCCAGAAGAUGGCAAGCAGCUUCGUGAGGAUUGCUCCACUUUGAUAUUACCUGCUCUGUCGAUUGGCAAUGUGGGACAGCUAGUUGCAGAUCUUCUAAUUUCAUCAAUGAGUUCAGAGAGAGUUGGGUAUUUGGAUGAUCCUAACGUUUUGCCCUGUGUUGGCAAUGAUGCUUAUGGACCCUUUCCUCUAGGAGACCUGGCACUUCCUCUCGAAGUUUAUGAUUCCCCUUCUAAUGCUCUUACUAUCAUCCAACAGAGAUCGCCAGUGAUUAAGGGUAUGAUGGUUGAGUUUGCAAAAAACAUGGCUGAUUUUCUUGCCGGUAGUGGAAAGAAGCAUAUUAUUGUUCUCUCCAGCUUAGAUUUUGGAAAGUGGCAAAAAGUUGACAUGUCAAGUGGUUUGCAGAUUUAUUACCUUUCUAGUGCCAACAGCAAUGGAACUGAUGAAAACUGUGAACAGCUUGGAUGGAAGAAACUUCAGGAGUAUGAUCCUUCCCAAAAACGUUGGAAAAAUCUUAGUGAUUUAGCUGAAGGAAAUGCUACCCUGGAAGAUAUUAUUUCUGUAGAAGAUGAGCUAGAAGAGGAAAAUUAUUAUGCUACCUUGCCUUUUGCUGCACUUUUUUCUUUUCUCAAGGCUAAAGGUUUCAAGGUCACCUGCUUGUUGUGUUAUUGCUCUGAAGGGGACAAUAUACCGGAUGCUUUUCAAUUAGCCGAUGCAACAUGUAGACUUCUCCGCCUCACUCACCCUACUGCUGGAGUUGUAGGUGGCAAAUGGCGAGUUCCACUUUCUUGGAUGAGUGUGUAUGGACCUCCACCAGAUCUGUACAUCUUCUGA